CUUCUUGGGUCAUCUUUUCUUGCUUGAACAAUAACUCAAAAGUUCCAAAGAUCAGAAGAAGAAACAAAUUUCGACAUGUCAACCACUAAGCCCAGCAUAAGUCUGAAGCUUUUAGUCGACAAAAAAGCGAAAAGGGUCCUCUUGUCCGAAGCCGGGAAAGACUUUGUUGACUUCCUACUCUCGCUCUUGUCUCUGCCGAUUGGCACUGUCAUCAGGAUUCUCUCCACUGAUGGCAUGUUGGGCAGUCUCGGAAAUCUCUAUCAAAGCUUUGAAAACCUUAGCGAGACUUACAUACAACCAGAGGCUAAAAAGGACACCCUGCUUAAGCCCAACUUGCUUGUUUUUGAGGGCGCGGCAACGCUGCUGGCAUUGCCCGACAAUGCUGAUCAGACUCGGAAUGUGUUCACAUGUGGGAAUUGCAAGCGCUAUGUGACCUACAAUCCGAAGGACAAGUGUCCCAAUUGCGGCUGGACGAUGUCCACCUUGGCGUCCUUUGCGAAUCAGGCUGCGCAGGCCUCUUCGUCCAUUGUGAAAGGCUAUGUGAAGGACGUGGUUACUUACAUGAUCAUGGAUGAUUUGGAAGUGAAACCUAUGUCCACCAUAUCAAGCAUUGCUUUGCUUAAUAAGUACAAGGUUAAGGACAUUUGUGAUCUUGCGGAGGUGAUGGUUUCCUUUGGAAUGGAUGAGGCCUUAAAAUUUUUGAAGGCGUCGUUGGAGUCCAAAACUGUUCUGACCGAUGUUUUCUUGGGGGAAGACAGCAGCAGAGGCAUUCCAAUAUAGAUGGAGGCUGCUUUCCAAGUGCGUGUGGCUAGUUAGCUGGUUCUACAGUGCUGUAGCUAUCUCCUAACUGAAGAUCAUAAGAUCAUUGUCCUCUAGACUGAAUUUGUAUAUUCACUUUAGUUUCUUUUUCAGGCAAAGCAUAUU